UUUUCAAAUAAAGGUCCCCCCCACAUCGUCUCUGGCCCAGAUGACGGUGAGGGCUGGGAGGUCGUUCGCCGCGGGAGGAGGAGCCAUGGAGGCAGCACCAUCUCCCUCAGCAGCAGCAGCAACAACCAUCAUCCCAAUGGUGCUAGUCUGUCAAGAGACAAACGUAGUGGUAGCUUGAAAAAUGAUGGUCACCACGGAAGUGGAAUAAAGAAUCGGUUCCAAAUGCCCAGCUCCGCCAUGUCAAUGCCUUCCCUAGCCCUGAACGAGAGCAAGGAGGAGAAGGACUCGCAGGAACCCAAAGGGGAAGCGGCGCCUGCGAAGAACGGUGCCGCAAGUGCCUCCUGCCAGAAAGACCAAAAGAGUUCUGCAGGGAAGAAGUCGAAGAGCCAGGGCAGUUUGAUUCCUGCCGAGGGCGAAGAGGCGGCAGCGGCGAAGUCUCCGGACAAAAGAAAGGGCCCGGCGCUCGAGCAGAGUUCCUCCCGGAAGUCUUUGGGCAGAAGGAACAGGGGGAGCACAAAGAGCGCCGAGGAGCUCACCAAGAGAAACGGGUGUCAGAGGGAGGGCAGGACGGAGCACUCGCGAGCCCUGAGUGCAGAUGCAGGAGACAAGAAGCCUCGUGAGAGCAGCAGAGGGGAGUCGAGUGGGAGUCCGACGGAGUGCGAGAUGGUCUUCCAAAACGGAACUCUGGACGGGGAAGACCCUGCGGAGGCGGAGGGCCGGGAGUUCUCCGUGGGCGACAGACUGAGCGAGAAAACAGCUGAGCCAGUGAGCCACCUGUGCGACCCGUCCAUUCCCGAAACGUCCGAGACGAGCGACGCAGACGACGACGAGAGGAGGGACGUCGGCGACAGCGCUAGGAAUGCGGCGAAUAAGUUGAGAACGGGAGAGGGAGUGAGCGCCGCGUCGGAACAAGAUCUGCUGCAGACGGAGCAGGAAAACAGGAACUACGAUAGCGACAGCAUAAUGGACGAGGAGGAAAUGCGCUGCAACGCCGCCGCCCUCGAAACAGCUGUCCAGGAGGAGCAGCGGCUGAAGAAGCAAAUCGAAGAGACGGAGAAAGCAGAGAUUCAGGUAGCGUAAUGUUUUCACUUCCAAGAAGGGUUUCCGUCGCGGAUUAAAUUAAGAACUGCUGGAAGGGCGGCUUGUCAUUGUGACUUGUCAUUUCUGCGGUUAGGAACUUGCGCCUGUGUGUUUGUUUGUCUAUAGGGAUAUACAAGGUCUAGAGAAGUAAAUGAGUGUAAGUAUUACUCAUACAGACCUUGAAAACAUACGCU